AACGAUGAAUAUUAGUGAGUCUCGAAUUGGUAUAAAAAAAAGUCUCGUUCAUGACCUGCACAUCUCCAAUUAGCAUAUUGCGACUGCGCAAGCUAGCGGCUAGCCAGCACUAGCUUAAAUCGAACUCUUCAAUGUCCAACUCUAGUCGCAGUCAGAAAACGAACAAGAUGAGAAGAAGAACCCCAGCGAAUAUUUUCCCUAGAGGUUCUUCAAAUGUUCCCCUCCAUAAGCGCUUCUCUCACGUGCUGCUGGAGCAGAUGAUGCUCCCCAAAGUGACGUGUGCACCCCCGCCUGUGGUCUUUGUGGUGAACAGCGAGCCAUCGUCUGCUCUUUGUCUGCGGGUUCCCCCUCCUAGGAGAUCGAGUGUGUGGACUCGAUUGGGCUGGAGGCGGGCUGGCUUUUGGAACUUCAGGAACAAGUACGGCUGGAGAGCCAGGUUCCGCCGGGCGGCUCUGAAGCAUGCAGGAGGAAGUAAGCUGACCCGACAACUGGGUCAGCGCUGCCGGCUGUUGAAGACCAAAAGUUUCCCGAAGCCAAGUCAAGAACCGGAACAUCUUCCCCAGAAGAGAGGCGGGUUCACCAGGGGAUGUGGCAUGAAGGUGCUAACAAAGAAAGAGUUGGACGCACAGCUGGAUGAGUACAUGUCCAAGUCCAAGAGCAGGUUGGAUGCACAGUUGGAUGAGUACAUGUCGAAAUCCAAGAGCAGGUUAGAUGCCGACUUGGAUGAGUAUAUGGCACUUGCAGGACACCAGCCGUGCUUGGACUGAUGGCGGAGAUGGGACUGGCAUCGGUGUUUGUUGUUGUAGGGUCAAGUUGUUGCUCGUUUUAUUAAUCAGACUAUUAUUUACGGAGGAGCAGAAUGUGACCACUUCCUGACUUCAACCAAUUAGUUCAAAGUUCUGUCAGGUGUCAGGUUACUUGCAUCCUCCAACCUGAACCCGGCAAUUUUUUGUUUGUUUUAAAGACUCAACCAUGUUUUGGCAAUAGCAUCAUGACAGUUAGCUUGUAACAGCUGUAUUUAUAUUGGUUAGCUUCCUUGUGAAUUGACGUGAUUAAGAUCCGGGUUGUUGUCUGUUAGCGUCAUUAGCUUUGAUGUUCAACCAGUUGAUGAAAAUGAAGAAGUAAAGAAUAUGAUUUUCAAAUAAAAGCUGAGGUGACAGAAAAAUGAUUGCAUUGGUUUGCAUUCAUCAGGACAGAUAAAUAAAAUGACCCACAGGAUGGUCGUCAUGGUAACAGUGC